AUGAGGUUCUACAAAAAAGAUUCAACUCCCAAGCGCCAUAGUCAGCCCGAUCCUCCACCAUCAUACGAGUCCCCCAAGCGUUCGCCUACCCCGGAAGAUCCCGAGAAACAGCUGUCGGUCCCCGAGGAAGAUACAAUGGGAACCGCAUUGCCCCAGAUCCCUUCCACCACCAUCACCAUUGAUCCAGCGGUGGAACGUCGCGUACUCCGGAAGUUGGACCUGCGAGUGCCCACCCUGUUGGGCUUCCUAUAUCUUCUGGCUAUCGUCGAUCGAUCCAACAUCGGAAAUGCGAAAAUCGCCGGAAUGGAAGAGGACUUGAACCUCUCCAGUGACCAGUAUGCGUGGCUUCUGACCAUUUUCUAUAUCCCAUACGCCGUGUGCGAAUUCCUCGCGUUGAUGUGGAAGAUUGUCCCAUUCCACCGCUGGGCGGCGUUGACGGUUCUGGCCUGGGGCAUCUUCGCCACCUGUCAGGCCGCAGCCCAGAAUUGGUCCGGUAUGAUGGCUCUGCGAUUCCUUCUCGGUCUGGCGGAAACCGCCUACGGCCCCGGAGCCAUCUAUGCCUUGUCGUUCUUCUACCGCCGUCACGAGCUCGGUCUACGUUGCGGACUGUUCGUCUCCGCCGCGCCUCUCGCCAAUACCUUCGCCGGUGCGCUUGCCUAUGGGAUCACGUCGGGCCAUUCUAAGCUGGCCAAUUGGCGUCUCCUCUUCCUUGUCGAGGGUGCACCAUCCUUGAUCGCCGCUGUCCUGGCAUGGUUCUAUCUGCCGGACCAUCCCUCCACUGCUCGCUUCCUGACCGAUGAGGAGAAGGAAGUGGCACGCGCAAGAGCCCUCCGUCAGAGCGGCGAGCACGUCGUUGUACACAAUAUUGACUGGAAAGAUGUGGGCCGCACGCUACUAGAUGCCAAAGCAUGGAUCACGGCUUUGAUGUACUUCAGCUGCAACGUGAGCUUCUCGUCGCUCUCCGCCUUUCUCCCCACCAUCCUGAAUGAAAUGGGCUUCAGCGCCAUCAACGCUCAAGGGCUGACGGCUCCGCCCUACUUUGCCGCAUUGCUCACUACGUUGUUCACCACCUGGCUUGCCGACCGGAUUCAACAACGAGGUUUAGUGAUCUUCUUCCUGUCCAUCCUGGGAUGCGUCGGCUAUGUUCUGCUGGCCACCUGCAUGUCGGUUGGCGUACGUUACCUCGGUGUCUUCUUUGCAGCUGCAGGAGUCUUUCCAUGCAUCGCGAACAUUCUCCCCUGGGUGCUGAAUAACCAAGGAUCCGAGACUCGUCGUGGUAUGGGUAUUGUCAUCCUCAACGUCGUCGGACAGUGCGGUCCCUUCCUGGGAUCCAACAUUUACCCCUCAAGCGACGGACCGCGCUACAUCCUUGGGCAAUCCGUAUGUGCCGCCUUUAUGGCGUUCAACGCGCUUCUGGCGAUCACGCUGCGGGGAAUCCUGAUGUGGCAGAACCGACGCCUCGAUAAGAAGCACGGGCCCCGUGUCGACAAGGGAGACGAGGGCGAGUUGGCUGAGGAGAAUUACGGGUCGAACUUCCGAUAUGUGCUAUAG